AUGGAUGCGCUGGGGUGGGAGCUGCUGAACAGCAUCCCCAGCACUGGCUUGUCCCAGGGGGAGACGGAGGAGUCCCGGGGCCUCCACCGGACAUUGCUGCUGCUACUCCGGCUCUCCCAGAGCUGCCCCUUUGGAGAGACGCAGGAGAAGUGCUCCCAGCUGCUGCAGGCUCUCCAGGUGGAGGUGCUGAUGGAGAGGAUGAAGCUCCUGCAGGAGUGCCAGCUGGAGGAGGAUGUGGUCACCCAGGAGGAAAUGGAGACCCGCUUUGAGCUGGAGAAGACGGAGAGCCUGCUUGUCGCCCCCUCGGACAUUGUUGAGCACUCCCUGCCCCACAACGUCCUGUGCUUCGUGGAGGAUCCCGGCUUUGGCUACAAGGACUUCACGCGGCGAGGAGAACAGGCCCCCCCGACUUUCCGAGCGCAGGAUUACACAUGGGAAGACCAUGGCUACUCGCUGAUCAACCGCCUGUACCCGGACGUGGGGCAGCUGCUGGACGAGAAGUUCCAGGUGGUCUACAACCUGACCUACCACACCAUGGCCAUGCACCGGGGCGUGGACACCUCCACGCUCCGCCGCGCCAUCUGGAACUACGUGCACUGUGUCUUCGGCAUCCGGUAUGACGACUACAACUACGGGGAAGUGAACCAACUCCUGGAGCGCAGCCUGAAGGUCUACAUCAAGACGGUGGCCUGCUAUCCCGAGAAGACCACGCGGCGCAUGUACACCCACUUCUGGCGCCACUUCAAGCACUCUGAGAAGGUGCAUGUGAACCUGCUGCUGCUGGAAGCCCGGAUGCAGGCAGCCUUGCUGUACGCGCUGCGAGCCAUCACCCGCUACAUGACCUGACGGGGCUGUGCCCCCCUGCCCCACCCCAGCCCAGCCGCGGGGGCGGGGGAGUAGGGGGGCAGGAGGACACCUGCUUGGAAAGACUCAAUCUCUGUGUCCUGUCAGCAAGGACGUGGGGUCCGCUGCCCAUGGGGCCCAGAGCAUCAAACUGUUCAGCCCCCACAGUGUGAAGAACCACCUCGGCCGUGCCCAGUGUUCCCCGUUGAUGCUGUCCCUGUCCCGUGACCCGCCCCCGUGGCUGCGGCGCUGGCGAGGGCAGGGGGCUCUUGCUGCAGCCUGGGGCUGGGGAGAGGACCCCGACGUCCACGUGCCUUUCUCCCGAAACCGAAGUGAACUCCAGUGGCGGCACGGCCACCCCCUGCUGCUGCCUCCCUGAGCCCGGGGCCCAGCGCCGCUUAUCCCUGGCCUCGUCUCGUACCAAAGAGAUCUCCCAGGAUCCACCCAGCGGCUGUGAAUGUGAAUGGAUUCUCCCCCCCAGCCCUGCUCCUCUGUGGCUCCGUAUCACUAUAAGACUUGGACCGCUCAGAACCGAGGCAUCUCAGCCCCAGGCGGUGGUGGGUUGGGGCAGGAUCAGGACCGGGUCCCGGCCGACACUAUGUGAUGGGGCUUCUCCUGCCCUGAGCACCACCGGCUCUUGCACUCCACGUCCCCGACAGCCGCAGGAAGGAUGCUAGGGAGAGCUGGGCAAGGAGCCUAGCCCCGCACCAAGGUCGCUGUGCCGCCACAACCCUUACGGGCAGGAGCUGCACAGACGCCGCACGGGACAGAGGGACAGAUCUCUUCCCCAACCCCUUCUGCACUGAGGGUGUGAGGUGCCA